AUGGCGUUUAAUCCCUAUGGAGCGCCGCCCUACGGCCCCCCACCGACCUUUGCCGCAUACCCAGGUGUGCCUAUGGCCCCGGGCAUGGUCCCGCCACCCGGUCUAGGUCCUCCACCAGGCAUGUCCUCUGCCCCCGGAUUGGCACCACCUCCUGGUGUCCAGCAGCCUCCUCCUGCUACUCAAGCUAAUCGACCAAGCGGCCUACCUGCCUCGUUCCAACCACCCCCAAACCUGAACAUCAACUUCAAUGCCCCCGUCAUCCGCCUGGGCGCUUCUUCGCUCCCCAACAAACCCGGCAUGCCCCAGGGCAACGACCGAAAGGAUUCGCAUACCCCGACCAGUGCGAACCGCCCAGGUCUCGGCUCCGAUCGCGUCGAACAGUCCCGCGCGCAGUUGCGAGAGAGCAUCCAGAACCUUGUCCCGCCGACACCCGAGGAGAGACUACGAACGAUAUUCCUGCACAAGAUUCCCGAUGGCCUCGGCGGCGAGGAAGGCGUCCAGAAGCUGCUCCACACGGUCGGCAGGCUGCGGAGGUGGGACUCGGGGCACUCCCACUUGACGGACUGCAAGGGAGCAUUGUUUGGUUUUGCACAGUAUGAGGACCCCGAUUCGCUAGCGAUUGCUGUGGAGUUACUCAAAGAUCUCGAGGUCCCUGUGAAAAAGCAAACACCGACCGAGAACGAGCCCCCCAAAGACGACGAUGAGGCUUUCGCCGCCGAUAUCGACAAGGUCAAGCUAAAGGUCGAGGUUGACGUCACCACGACAAAGUACCUUGAGGCCCGCAAGGAGGAGAGAGGGGAGGAUGCGGCCUUUGAGGCGAAACUAGGUGAGGCCAAGGUUGCGCUCAAGCAGUUUGUUCGAGACCUCUUUUACCCGCGUCUUCGCACUGGACAGGAUGCCGACGGAGACACUACUAUGGCCGACGGAACAAAUGCUGCCGGAGAUAGCGUUGAGGUUAUCAACAUUCCGCUCGCGCAGGAGGAUGAGCUGGCGGAUAUUCCAGCCGAGAUGCGCGAAACUGUUGCCGCCGAGAUCGCUGCUUUCAGAGACAGGAGCAACAAGCGCGACCUUGAGCGUCUACGCCGGGAAGAAGAAUUCGAGGAAAGGGAACGUCAAAGGAAUGGAGCGCCUCGCAUCUCACGCCUGGAUUCACCUCCGCCUACGGAUGCGGCGAACUCAAACCACGUCCCGCUGGGCCCGCGUGGUGUGCCUAAUGCGCCAUCAGGACCUCGUGGGCAACAAGGCAGAGGUGUUGAGUUCGUCGGUGGCGGCACAUCAAACGGUUAUAACUUCAAGGACGAGGAUGACACCGAUGCCGAUGAUGACGAGCUAUACCAACGCGAAGUUAACAAGCAGAAGGCAGAGGAGGAAAAGCUUUACUUGGAGGCCGAAAGGAAAUGGGUGAACCGUGAACGCCAACGUGCAGCUGCUCUCGAGCGUGAGAAGGAGCGCGAGAAGACGGAAACCGAAGGAUUCGCCAGGAGAAAGGAAGAACAACUCGAGAGGGAGAAGAGCUGGGACGAUGAGCGUGAGGCAGCCCGUAAACACCACAUGUACUACCGCGACCACGCGCACUGGGUCAGGAAACGACUACAGGAGCGCAACGACGAACAGGCACGGGAUGAGAUGGAUAGGCGGGCCGAGGAGGACGAGAGGCGCAAGGCCGAAGCAGAGAUGGAACAAGCCAGGGGUAUGGCCGACUCCUUCCUCGAGCGGCAGGCCGAGGAGAUGGAGAGGCGGCCAGCUGCGGCGCCGGCUGCCCCCCAGCGGUUUACCAUUUCCUUUGGCGCAGCGGCUCAAAAGGCAGCCCAGCGUUCCGCCGGCGCCCGCAGGACUGUUGCCGAAGUCGAGGGCCUUUUAGACGACGAGGAACAGGAGCAGACCACCAAGCGGCAACUUGUCCCCAUCAAAUUCGAGCCCAUCACCGACACCAAGGCCAUGUCGGAGGAGGAUUUGCAAAAGGCCGUGCGCGCUCUGGCGCAGGAGAUCCCUGCGGACAAGGACGGGCUCUGGGCUUGGGACGUCAAGUGGGAUUACCUCGAAGAGUCCAUCAUCAGCGAAAAGCUUCGGCCUUUUGUGGAGAAGAAGGUGGUCGAGUAUCUUGGAGUACAAGAACAAUUCCUUGUUGACGUGGUGGAAGAGCACCUGCGCAAGCACCAAAAGCCCGCCGAGCUGGUGGAGACAUUGGGCGAGGCUCUUGAUGAAGAUGCGGAGGAUCUAGUGAAGAAGUUGUGGAGGAUGGUGAUUUUCUUUACGGAGAGCGAGAAGCGCGGUUUGCCCGCUUAAGAGAAUGUCUGGGAGCCAACGACAGCGGGUUUGUUCCUCGGUCCUGUAUGGCCUCUGUUGAGGGCCAUGAAACAAUCCACGAAGGAUCAAGGCCUAGAGAUAUUGUGGUAUGUACAUCGUAAAAAAACACAUGCUUGUAGGAAAGAAUAGCCAACAAAGCAUGAGGCGUUGGAAGCGCUAAUUGAAUAUUUUUUUCAGA